UCUCCGGGCUCCGAAGCCUUAUUUACUUCAAAGCUCCGCCGCGCGUUGUGCUGGAAGCACGUUAUCGAUUUCGAUCCGGACAGAACCGUAAAGUUCGUUCGGAGAGUGUGUUCCAGGAAAAAAUAUCCGUUUUAAAUAAUCUAAAAGCAAAAAACAAAUAAAAUUUAAAAAACUUACAAAAUAAUUAUAGAAAAUAUGUUGCGUUUUAAUUUGUGGCUUGUUUGGGCGGCUUUUUUGACAAGCAGUUGUGGCGCGAAUUACUGUAGAGAUGCCAACCUAUGUUGUCCGGGGCGUGACAGUGCGUGUGUGGUACAGAAGGCUCAUCAGAACGCAAUCAUUGAAGACUUAACGGACAAGCCGUGCUACUGCGACCAUGCGUGUUUGAAGCUUGGAGAUUGUUGUCCAGACUUUCGAGAAACAUGUGGAGUGUCCGAUUGCCUGGUAUCUGGUUGGGGAGAGUGGUCAGAUUGUGACACUGCCUGUGGAUCAGGCAGUAUGGUCCGCAGUAGGACAGUGCUCCAACAGCCAGCUCACGGAGGAAGACAUUGUCCAUCCCUGGUUCAGAGACGGGCGUGCCAAGCGCAUCACGGCUGCUCCGCUGACAGUGACAUUCCAUUACGUGAGGAGACUGCAAUGAUCUUACCAGGCGGACUCUCAGUUAGUCGCCGUUCCAACGAGACGGUUGACAUCAGAAAGAACCUGCGACUGCGCAAUCCUGACGACCCGGAGUCGAACUCACAUAGAGAGUACUGCGUUCAGUUUGAAGUUAUCAAAGUUUCAAAAGCUUGUCACGGCGAUUCUGACUACAAAGCCUUGCGAGAAGGUAACACUGUAUGCGUCAUGUGUGAGGCAGCUGCUCUCAAGCGGGACCUCAACUGGCGCUGCACGGGUCACGGGGUUCCAUCGACCACCACCAGAUUCUUCGCGCUGGUUGCCCCGCACUGCCAUGGAAAAUGGAUUCGAACCGAACACAGCCCCGACAAGCGGAGCGAUUGUUGUCUCAACCCUCACUUCAUAUUUGUAUAGAUCUUCUCGUGUGUUCUUAAUAACGUUCGAAUCACCAUAUUUCUAAUAAUUUUAGCUCAUUUUAUCUUAUACAUUGUUGUUCUAUGCACAAUAAUAUAUUACUAUAAAUUAAUAUAUUCAAAGUAAUCGGCUUUAUUAUAAAUACAUACCUAAGUUCGGUUAACAAACUGAACUGGGUGUGUUCAGACUAAUCCGUACAGAAUUGUCAUUAUACCUAGAUACGGUAGUUCGCCUCGUGUGAUAAUAGUAUCACAUGAGUGUCUUAAUACCUAAUUAUCAACAUUAGCAUACAAGACUUUAUCUACACCCAUAAUGUGAAUCUGUAACAGUUAGCUAACUGCUAACAUUAAAAAAGACAGUCCUAGUAACCAUUACAUCAUCCAAACGAGUGUUGUAAUGAAAACGGAUAAUAUAAUGUUGUACUGAAUUUUAUUACAACACUCGUUUGGACGAUGUAUUGGUUAUUAGGCCAUUAGAUGUUUUAAUGUUGGCAAUAAGCUAACUGUUAUAGAAUCUUUUCUAUUAAAGACUUAAAGCAUGGGUUUAGAUAAAGUCCAUGAAACAAACCAUUAUUUAAACUUGAGUGUGAUCUUAUUUUUAUAACUGUUUUGACUUUAUCAUCUGUGUAGCACAAUCUGUAAUAAUCGUUAUAAUAUAUGCUAGGAUAUUUGAUAAACUAGAAGAAUGUUAUUACAGUUCUGAAUAAAUAAGAACAUUAAUGUGCAAGAAUAUUAAAUACAUAAAUAGUUUUAACACCCAAUUAUCUCGCAAAAAUGAACAGAAAAUAUUUGGAUCACGCAAACUUUAAUUCACUCAUUUAGUAUAAGGUCAUUUGUUGGCGUGAAUAUCGCAAAUGAAACAGCGUAUAUUGCAAAGCCUUCCUUUCCAAGAUCAGAAGUUAUAUAGGAUACUAUAAUAAAUUCAGGUUAGUUUUAAUAAAUUUUGUGUAGGUGGGUAGUUGGAAAUAAACAGAAACAAUAGACGAAUGGUAUUAGUAUUUGCUGGUUUCUAAAUAUUUUAUCGCAUUGUAAUGAUAAUAAUAAUUAAUGUCUUAAGUAAGAAUAGUCUAGUGAAACUGUAAAUAAAUUUCUGGUUGAUAAAAUAUAAGUGAUAAGACGUAA